AUGAUGAUAGCAGAAAAGACCCUGAAUAAUAGCCCAAAACACCCAAUUGCUGCCCAAUCGUCGGCUAGGAUGCGAUUGAGCCGACUACUUAAGCCAGGGUGGAAUCUGACGGCUUUUGAGAGGCUAAUAUUGUGGAUCCGAUUGGCAUCCUCGACGUUGAUCAUAGCGCUAGGUAUUACCGUUAUGGUGGGACCAAUUACGGCGCCGACUACUUUUGCUCUAGCUAGGUUUGGAACUAAAUCAUCAGAUAUAACUAAGGGACUCUUUGACGUGUUAAAAGACGCGGUGGAAGUGUUUGGUUCGACCGAUGUGAACAAUGGAGUCGGACUGACGACAUCAGAGAUCUUCAUUCUCACCGAUUACGCGGCGAGUCAGAUCAAGAGCGUGCCACAGUACAUUGCUAUCACACUCUAUGGUCGAUGCGACAUCAAUUUCAAUACAACGUUCAAAUAUGGCCCAAACGGACAUGCUAUUGAAGUGAGGAACUCAUCGGUAAUCGAAGUUUGCUUCACCACGGGGCCUGAAUACGUUUUCGAUUAUCGUGAAGUUUUAUCGCAGCUGGGACUCGAUAUAAUCUUGAGUUAUGCCUAUGAUCAGAAUUUGCCAGCAGUGCUAGGGCUCUCCAGCAGUUACAGCGAGUACAUAAAGAACCUGCAGGAUCGGAAGAUUGACGUGGUAUACCUAAUAAUGGCAGUUAUGCCGCUCGAGAUUAUUAUUGUCGUUCUCACCGUGUGGUACUAUUCAAUCAAAGGCAAACAUAUCAAUCCGUUGAAAGAGCGGGUCCUGAGUCACCUCAUAUCAGUCAUAUCGCUCACAGCCUUCGUCACUGGGCUCACUGGUGCCAUCAGUUUGGUUUGGCUAGCGUUCAACCUGAAAAACAGGAUCAAGUCUGAACUCGAGGCGUUUGGGUUCUCGUAUGGAUUGGAAUCUGCAUGGUUUACAUGCCUGUGGUUUUUCGCAUUUUUCAUGCUUGUCUCGACCUUGGCCUGGUGUGGCCUCGAGUGGUGCCUCUCAGACUCCCAGCGGCCAUACAACGACGAAACUCAGAAUAACAUCCUGCGGUAUCGCGCGGGCCUUUUCGUCGAUGCCAACGGCAGCUUCACAGAUAAUGCAUCCUCUGACGGUGAUAUAUACCGUACUCGGUCCAAUACAGGAGCCACAAGUCGAGAUCGUGCCAAUUUAAAUCCAUUUACAGCAGAGGAAGUGGAGCUACAAGACAUUGCAUUAUACUCAAGCGGUGAUGAUGAAUGCGACCCUCAGAAAGUUGUGAAACCUUCAUCAGCUAUGUAUUUUUAA